UGAACGCAACCCGCGGAACAUCACUCAGUCGGCUGUGAUGCUGUCUCGCGUUUGCACGCGUCCUACUGUCGUGCUCCUUUCUCGUUCGACUCUCUCUCUGGCCGCCCGUGUGCGUAGCAGACAGCCGUGUGUCUGGCGGCGCGCCGUGCACACCGCGUCACACGAUACGCCGAGAUCCACGUCGGAGUGACUCGCGGCAGCCACGACAGUCAGCCGAUAGACAGCGAUCCUCGCGUUCCGCGAAAAAUACGCCAACGGGAAAGCCGAGCCGUGUGACAAACCGUGGAAACAGAGGAAGCAGUUUCGCGUGGAAAUAACGAGAAUCGUACAAGAUUACGUGUUAACGCGUCCGGAUCGAAAGAGAAUCGAAAGAGAAUCGAAAGAGAAUCGUCGGAAGAUACAAGUGGCGCGCGCGUACGUAUGCUGUGCCGUACGAAUUCGCCGCGUCGAACGUCGACCUGCAGUGAUCGUGCCGAUGGGAGAUUAGUUUUGGUGCGCGGUGCAGUUCGCUCCGAAGCUACACGCCGCAAACACGAGUAAACGGGGAUCGAGCGUUCUUCUCGAUCGUUUUUCUCGACCGUCAUGGGAGACGAGUUACCCAUACUGAAAGGAAUCCUCAACGGAGUUGUCAACUAUCACAAUGCACCGGUGCGAUUCGGCCGUGUGCCCAAGCGCGAGAAGGCCAGGAUUCUGGCUGCUAUGCAGCAAAGCUCCCACAGCCGUUCUCAAGAGAAGGCAGUAGCGGCCGAGCUGGAGGACGAGCAACGGCUCCUGGCCACCGUAGUGCAAGCCCACCUCGACACAUGCGACUUCACCAGGGACAAGGUGGCCCCGAUCCUGGUCAGAGCUCGAGAGACGCCCAACUAUACCGCGUGUCCACCAACCUUGGCAUGUCCCCUGAACCCUAACCCUCAGCCGUUGACUGGCCAGCAAGAGUUGCUGCAAGACUUCUCCAAGAGGUUCUCCCCGGCGAUCCGCGGUGUGGUGGAAUUCGCGAAACGCAUUCCUGGCUUUAGCCUGCUGGCUCAGGACGACCAGGUCACGCUGCUCAAGGCCGGCGUGUUCGAGGUGUUGCUGGUGCGACUGGCCUGCAUGUUCGACGCACAGACGAACAGCAUGAUCUGCCUGAACGGGCAGGUGUUGAAACGAGAGUCGAUCCACAACAGCAGUAACGCGCGAUUCCUCAUGGACUCCAUGUUCGACUUUGCCGAGAGAGUGAACUCGUUGCGGCUCUCAGACGCGGAGUUGGGACUGUUCUGCUCCGUCGUGGUGAUCGCAGCCGACAGACCGGGAUUGCGCAACACCGAGCUGGUCGAGCGUAUGCACAACAAGCUGCGAAACGCUCUGCAGACGGUGCUGGCACAGAAUCAUCCCCAGCACCCUGACAUUUUACGGGAACUGCUGAAAAAGAUCCCGGACCUGAGGACUCUCAACACCCUCCACUCGGAGAAACUGUUGGCCUUCAAGAUGACGGAGCAGCAGCAACAGAUGCAGGCUCAGCAGCAGCACCAGCAACAUCAGCAGCAGACGCAGCACGUGAUCAAUGCCCAACAGCCGCAGCAACAGCCCUGGCCGAUGGAAGAGGAACCGCCAGCGUCCUGGGGCUCAGCUUCCGACGUGACGUUGGACGAAGCCGUGAAAAGUCCACUGGGCAGCGUGUCUAGCACCGAGAGCACCUGCAGCGGCGAAGUCGCUUCUCUCACCGAGUAUCACCACGUGGCGCCGCCAAGCGGACACCACGCGUCCAGCGCGCCAUUGCUGGCCGCCACACUGGCCGGUGGCCUCUGUCCGCAUCGACGACGAGCCAACUCCGGCAGCACCAGCUCCGGGGACGACGAGUUGCAUCGCGCGUCCCUUUCCAAGACGCCUCAGCCGCCGCAGUGUCCGCGAUUCCGCAAACUCGACUCGCCCAGUGACAGCGGUAUCGAAUCCGGGACCGAGAAGCCCGACAAACCGGCCAGCAGCAGUGCCAGCAGCGCACCGACCUCCGUUUGCUCCAGUCCACGCUCCGAGGACAAAGAGGUGGAGGACAUGCCGGUGCUGAAGCGCGUGCUUCAAGCGCCACCUCUGUACGAUACUAAUUCUCUGAUGGACGAGGCCUACAAGCCUCACAAGAAGUUCCGCGCCCUGCGCCAGAAGGACAGCGCGGAGGCCGAGCCGGCGGUGAUAGUGCAGCACACGCAGUCCCAGCUUCAUCUCCACCUAACCUCGCCACCGGCCCGAAGUCCGUCGAAUCAGGUGCAAGCUCAGUGCCCGCAAACCGCGAGUCUGCUCAGCAGCACGCACUCCACGCUCGCCAGGAGCCUGAUGGAGGGCCCACGGAUGACGGCGGAGCAGUUGAAACGCACGGACAUCAUUCACAAUUACAUAAUGCGCGGAGAGGCUAGCCCUAGGUCGCCUACGGCGUCGCCAUCUCCCGCGGAACAGUGCGCGUCUACGACCACCAUUACUGCGCGUUCGCCACAAGGAUCUCAAGGACUGCUGCAGUGCGCUACCAGCAGCUACUCCACCAGGUGGCCCGCCACGUCGGUCAUUACGACGACGACGGGUGCCCGACAGCAGCAGCAGCAGCAGCAACAGCAGCAGCAACAGCAACAGCAACAGCAGCAGCAACAGCAACAACAACACCAGCAACAGUCUUCCUCGGACUACCUCAUGGUCGGGAAUUCGCCGGCCUCGUCGCCCAGGUACCUAUCCGCGGCAGCGACGAGUAGUACGAGCACGAGUCCACGGCCUGCCUCGAGUACGGCAGCGACGCUCGUGCUGUCCGGCUGUCCCAGCAACAUGAUGGAGCUACAGGUGGACAUCGCGGAUAGCCAACAGCCGUUGAACCUGUCGAAGAAGUCGCCGUCCCCGUCGCCCAGGCCGCUAGUGGGCCCGUGCAAGGCAUUGUCCCUCGAGGCGUAGUGGUCUGGACGCGAGGUCGCGUGAGCGUGUCGUUGUUCGUGACGGAUGACGGGUCGUUGUUUCCCCCACUCUACUACCCCAGCCUCGGACAGUGGAGCGCCGACGACAGCGCUCCCGGAGCAGCAGCGGCAGCGGCGGCAAAUGCAGCAGCCCACCUAACGGAGCGGCGCGCGAUCCGCGCACGGGUGUUUCUCUCGUCGCGGCGUGUUUGCAUCGGUACGCGCGACGGUGUUGGUGUAUAGUUGGUGUCGCGCGCCACGUCGCUCCCACUCCCGGAACGGAAAAAAGAAUAAAAACCAUACACACACACACACACGCAUACACACACGCGGAAAGAGACAGACAG